CUUAGUCUCAGUUAUACGUGUUGCUUUGAGUCCCAGUGGACAGAGUUUACUCUUACAAACGCCAACCGAAAACUGCAGAGGACCUGCAACAUCAAACGAAGACGCAGAGCACUUUUCCAAAGAGGAGAGGCGCCGUGGAUUAAACAGCACCGGUUUCCAGUGUCAAACUCGACUCCAUGUCCAGGAGAGGAAUUUAACUCAAGAGGAACAAGAAACCAAACACUUGCCUAUUCCUGUGCCGCAAAUGGACACACUGGAGAUCUUUUAAAGGACUGAUCGUUUCCAGAACCUUUGCGAUCUCCCUGGAUAUUCUCUGAUUAAAUUAACAUCUCGCUACCGAGAGCCACGGAGAUGGAUGGGGUGUCUGAUCAGCCCCGCUGGAUGCAUCACCACCCCGUGCUGAACGGACAACACCCCGAGUCUCAUCAUCCCGGCCUGGGGCACAACUACAUGGAGCCCACGGCGCAGCUCCUGCCUCCGGACGAGGUGGACGUUUUCUUUAAUCACCUGGACUCGCAAGGAAACCCUUACUACCACAAUUCUGCCAGGGCCAGAAUGUCCUACAGCCAAGCGCACGCUCGUCUGACGGGGACUCAGGUCUGCCGGCCUCAUGUCCUCCACAGUCCAGGGAUUUCAUGGCUGGACGGAGGGAAAGCAGCCCUGUCGGCUCACCACCACAACGCCUGGGCCGUCAGUCCCUUCACCAAGCCCAGCCUGCAUCAUCCCGGUUCUGCAUCUCCUGGCGCUCUCUCUGCCGUUUACCCGUGCAGCAGCAGCAACUCAAACACGGUCUCCGCAUCCUCGUUAACGCCGCCAUCCCACUCCGGCUCCCACCUGUACGCCUUUCCUCCCACACCGCCCAAAGACAUAUCACCGGAUCCCGGGGCCGCGUCUCCAUCGUCCUCCGCCACCAUUAUGGACGAGAAGGAAUCUAUCAAAUACCAUGUGUCGUUACCGGAGGGCAUGAAGAUGGAAGGCUGCAGUCCGCUGCGAAGCAGCCUGGCCUCAAUGAGCGCCCAAACCCCCUCCACGCACCAUCACAUCGCGACGUACGCUCCCUACUCUCUCCCGGCGGCCCACGAGUACGGCAGCAGUCUGUUCCACCCAGGCAGCCUGCUGGGAUCAUCGCCCAGCUUCACCUCCAAGAACAAAAGCAAGACACGGUCCUGCACCGAGGGCCGUGAGUGUGUAAACUGUGGAGCCACAUCUACACCCCUAUGGAGACGUGACAGCACCGGACACUACCUGUGCAAUGCCUGCGGCCUGUAUCACAAGAUGAACGGCCAGAACAGACCCCUCAUAAAACCUAAACGCAGGCUGUCUGCUGCCAGACGAGCAGGCACCUGUUGCGCUAACUGUCAGACGACCACCACCACACUCUGGCGGCGCAAUGCAAAUGGAGACCCGGUGUGCAACGCCUGCGGCCUCUACUAUAAACUGCAUAAUGUGAACCGGCCUCUGACCAUGAAAAAAGAGGGAAUACAGACACGCAACCGGAAAAUGUCCAACAAAUCCAAAAAGAGCAAGCGGUGCAGCGAUAGCUACGAAGAGUUUUCCAGAAGCCUACAUGACAAGAGCUCUCCCUUCAGCGCCGCUUCUCUGGCCAGUCACAUGUCCAUGGGCCACUUACCGCCUUUCAGCCAUGCUGGACACAUGCUCCCCACGCCCACACCAAUUCACCCAUCAUUUGGCCACCCACACCACUCUAACAUGGUGACGGCUAUGGGCUGAGAGGGCGAUGAGAGGGGGUGGCAUAUUUCAAGAACCUGAGAUGAUUAUGUGAAGGGGGAUGAGGGUCUGAACAGAGGACUAUGUGUACAGUGUUACAGACAUGCAGCAUGCAUGUCUUCAUCCUGGUUGUCUCUUGACUGAUUUAUGCCAGUGGUGCAUAGUGAAAAGAGAGGAUCUUUUACUCCUUAUCUGUGGGUACCAAUUUUGAUGGAGAAACAUUUGGCUCAGUGUGGAUCAGGCGCACACAUAUAAACAUAAAAAUAUCUUUGCACCUCAGAGUUUUGUCCCCACUGACUGCUGUGUGGGUCAACUUGUGCUGAACUGGUUUAUGGUUACUGUGAAUAUUGUAAAUGUGUAAGACUGGCAGGAGCACCCCCAACAGAAAAAUGCCCUUCAUUACUUAAAUAUGCUGUUUUUUUGUUCUUUUGGUUUUUUUUUCAUGGACAAUUUUGAAGCAAUUUUCCCCAAAAGAAAAGACAGAUGAAAAAAGUUUAUUAAUUCUAAUUUGACACUGUUUAUUAUAAUUAUUGUUAUUAUAAUUAAUAUUGUUAUUCAGAUAAUUUAUUUUCACUAUUGUUUUAUCUUUUUCUUUUAUAAUAUUACCUGAAUUGUAAUAUGGAUACUGUUAUCCCAGUUAUGAGUAUAUUUUUAGCUGAAGUGCUUUGUCUGAGCUGGUCAACAUUUAUACUCUAAAGAAAUAAAGAGAUCAAGUUCAUUAUA